AUGUGUACUGCUGCUAAACAAGUACUUCUUGCAGAGACAUGGAGUGAAGAUAUUGAUCCAACAGGAUGGUGGAUGAGUGAAAAACUUGACGGUGUUCGAGCUUAUUGGAAUGGAAGUAAUUUUUAUUCUCGUCAAGGAAAUUUAUUUCACGUACCUGAUUUCUUCAAGGUCAACCUUCCAAAAUUGCCUCUAGAUGGAGAAAUAUGGUGUGGGCGUGGUCUAUUUCAAAAAUGUAUUAGUAUUGUGAAAAAACAAGCUAAUAAAGUUGUGCCUGAUGAUUAUAAACUUCUGACGUAUUUAGUUUUUGAUGCACCAAGUCAUGGUGGAAAAUAUGAAGAUCGUGUUAAAUGGUUACAAGCUAAUAUUUCGCAAGAUGAUGAUAAAUGUUAUGCUUCAGUAGUUGGUAUAAAAAAAUGUCAAGGUCUUGCUGAUCUCAAACAAUGUUUAGCUGAUGUAAAUGCCGCUGGCGGAGAAGGUAUUAUGCUUCGUAAACCAGGAAGUCUUUAUGAGACUAAACGUUCAUCAACAUUACUUAAAGUAAAAACUUUUUAUGAUGAAGAAGCUCUUGUCGUUGGUCAUAAACCUGGUAAAGGUAAUUGUACAGGAAUGUUAGGCGCUCUGGAAUGUAAAUUACCUAAUGGAAAACGAUUCGAUGUUGGUAGUGGAUUUAAUAUGGAUCAACGUCGAAAACCACCUAAAAUAGGUUCAGUUAUAACAUUUAAAUUUCAAGAAUUAUCUAAUUCGGGCUCUCCACGUUUUCCUGUAUUUCUACGAAUUCGUACUGAUUUAACUUGGAAUGAUGUACUUGAAGCAGCUAAAACAAAAAAACCUAUUAGUGUUAUACAAAAAGUUAUACCAUCUACAAAAUUAUCUAAACAACAUUCCAUAUUAUUUUCAGUCAUUCCAUCACGUGAUGCAAAAACUGGAAAAAAAAUAAUUACUUCUGACGAUGAAUGUGAACAACCAACAGUUGCAUCAUCAUCAAAAACAACAGAUACACGUGAAGUAUGUCAAUACGGUGAAAAAUGUUAUCGAACAAAUCCAGAUCAUCUCAAACAAUAUCAACAUCCAUUAUCAAGAAGAAAACGACAAGUAACAAAAAGUAAAAUAGAAACAAAAUCACCUUGUAAAUUUGGAACAAAAUGUAAUCGACAAAGUUCAAUUCAUUUAGCAAGUUAUUCUCAUGCUUCAAAAUCUCAAUCAGAAGAUCCAUUAGAUAUAUCAGCUCAAGAAGAAAUACUUGAUCCACAUGAAUUAAUCGAAACUGAAGAACCUGCAUCACCAACAACAACAGAUAAUUUACUUGUCAACGAUAAAAAUAAAGGUCGUCAAUUUAAUGAUGAUGAUAAGGAUAAUGAUGAUGAACAACAGAGCAGUACACGUACAAAAACAAAUAAACGAAAACGAAAUCUUGAAGAAAAAUCAAAUAUUAAACCAACGAGAAAACGUAUUAAAAAAUCUUAA